GAUCAAAAACAUAUGCUUGAGUCUAUGUCUCAGACCAUUAUUUCUUAGCGUUACAAACGGUAAGGAAAAUUUUGAACAUACGUUCGUACGGGUAUAAAAAGUGUUAUUAACCUAAAAUUAGCUAGUAUAACCAUGGGGUUUUUUUUUUUGUUAUAAUCUCAAAUAUUAAAUGAUAAAAAUGAUGGUAUAGAAUUGAAAAAGAAAAAAAAAAGAAAAAAAAAACAUACAAACAAAAAAGUGCAAGUAAAGAUAUAAAAAGGCAAAUCGAUUAAUACUUAUGAAUCAAUUCCAUUUUGAUUAAAUAACGGAAUAUUACCAAAAAAAGAAAAAUUAUUUAAGACGUUGGAAUUAUGAAGAUAAUUUUAUGCCUCUGUGCUACUCUAACCGUAGCUAAUGCUGGAUUCUUAUUAGGUGGUCUUGGAGGACUUGGAGGAGGAGGUGGUGGUGGUCAUCAUAUAGGUGGAGGUGGUGGAUAUGUUGGACAUGGUGGAGGCUUUGGAGGUGGACAUGGCGGUGGUGGCUUUAUUGGUGGAGGAGGUGGACAUGGAGGUGGUUUCGAUGGUGGACAUGGUGGAGGCUUUGAAGUUGGACAUGGAGGUGGUUUUGCAGGUGGACAUGGUGGUGGUUAUGAAGGUGGGGCUUAUGGUGGUGGAGGUCAUGCAGCUUAUGGCGCCGGUGGUGGCGUAAAAGUAAUACGAGUAAUUCAUGAAAGUGCUCAUUCUGGUGGUGGUUUCGGUGGAGGAGGUCAUGGUGGCGGCUACAGCGGUGGUUAUGCUGCUGGUUAUUCAGGAGGCUAUGGUGGUGGUCAUGGUGGAGCUGGCUAUGGUGGAGUUGGUUUUGGUGGUGGUCAUACUGGUGGUCAUGGUGGAGGUCAUAUUAAAAUAAUUAAAAUUAUUCAUAGUGGAGGUGGUAGUGGUCAUCAUGGUGGUGGCUGGUAAUUUAGAAAAGUGUUAAAAAUAAUCAAACUUUGAAGUAUGAUAGAAAAUAAUUGUAAAUAUGUAAUAUAAAGUAAAAAAAUUAUAAUAUUUCUAAUUUUAAAUAUUUAAAAAAUUUAGUAAAUUAUA